AUCGGCAACGGAGACGCAGAGAUGCCCUUCGAGCGCAGCCAGCGCCAGAGAAAGGACGGGGACGACGAGGAAAACAAGAAGAAUACGUACGAGGCGGCGAAACAGCAGCUCCCCACCCACACCAAGAAGCUGAUGACGCUCAUCGUGAAACAACUUCUCCGUUGUGCCCAGCAGAACCGCGACAUGAGCAGCGCUAUCUUGGACACAUGGGUCCUCAAAAGCGACAUCCCGCUCAUCCUUCGCAUUCAGGAGCAGACAGCCGCCUACGGCAAGGAGCUCCAGCUAGAGGACCCGCUGAAGACCCAGCUCACGAAAAUGUUCACGGACUACGACAACUACGACAACGAGCAGAAGUCCGAGCUGGCGCUCUUCUGCAAAGUCGACCGCAUGUACGAGAAGGAGAAGAAGGGGUUCACACUCGCGGUCCGCGAGCCACUGUCUCGGGGAUACCUGAUGCAGGCGCUGAAGACGACCUCGGCCAAGAGGAAGUACGGCAGAGCCCCAGCGACGCACAUGGAGAGGGAGCUUCAG